AUGGAAGGCGGUGCAACAGGCAUAAACCCACCCGCAGUGUCAUCACCAUGGGCGAAAAUUCAACCUCCUACAGAUCCAGUGUGUUUAUCAGACAUAAUGUCGGAGCAGUUGGCUAACGAUCUUCAAAUAAAAGAAGAUGAAAAGUUCAUCGAUGUUUACGAAGAAGUUAACAUGCCUAUUGAUGUUUUCGAUUUAUCAACAGAUAUUUCUGCAACUGCUGACUGUGAAAACGAUGAAAUGAUAGCGCUCAUGUUACAAGCACAGUUUGAUAAAGAGCAUGAUGAUAUGAUUAAAAAAACAGAAAAUAAAUUCAAUGGAAAAUCAAAAGUAUGUAUAUCUUAUUCCAAUUUUAGAGUCACUCCAGAUACCCAUCUUUUAGAUGAAGAUUCUGAUUGUGGUGAUGCAAAUGAUGAGAAACACAGAGAAUUGGACAGUUUCGUUAGUACUGAAAAGCAAUUUAAGUCUAUACCCAAAUGUGGUUACAAGAAGGAAGGGGACCACAUUGUCACAAAACAUGACAUACCAAUGUCCAACCGCAGAAAUGCUUGCAGAGUGAUGAAUUUUCCACCUGAAUUUCAAACAGGUGAUGGGGGUGGAUUUGAUAUGAAGCUUUCCAAUAGAGUUUUCAAUAGCUUGAAAGCCCACUCUCGGAGUGAACAAACUCGUCGUAAUCGUGCUCAUGAUAAGAGUGAGCGAGCUACAAAAGAAAUGGGUGUUGAUCCACGCACACGUCUUAUCCUCUUCAAGUUGUUGAAUCAAGAAGUUUUGGAUCAAAUCAAUGGAAUUUUGAGCACUGGAAAGGAAUCUAUUGUAAUGCAUGCAGAUGGUGGCUCAGGAAAUGAAAUUGUUGUUCCCAAAGAAUGUGCUAUAAAAAUAUUUAAAACCACACUGAAUGAAUUCAAGACAAGAGACAAAUACAUUCAAGAUGAUUUUCGCUUUAAAGACAGAUUUUCCAAACAAAACCCAAGGAAAAUUAUUCAUAUGUGGGCUGAGAAGGAAAUGCAUAACUUAAAUAGAAUGCAAAGAGCUAAUAUUUCCUGCCCUGAAGUUGUUUGUCUUAAGAAACAUAUUUUGGUAAUGUCAUUCAUUGGAGAGAAUCACAAACCAGCUCCAAAGAUCAAAGAGGCAGCAUUAUCAUUUGCUGACUUAAAUGAUGCUUUUGAAGAUGUAGUUAAUACAAUGAAAAGAUUGUAUUCUGAUGCAGGCUUGGUUCAUGGUGACUUAUCAGAGUACAACAUUCUCUGGCACAACAGUAAAUGCUGGUACAUAGAUGUAAGCCAGGCAGUUGAGAAAAGUCAUCCUCUUGCUUUCGAAUUUCUACUGAGAGAUUGUCAAAAUGUAUGUUCCUUUUUCCAAAAAAAAGGUGUACCGUCUGUUAUGUCUCCAAAUGUCUUAUUCAAUCAGAUAACUGGUUUUGAAGUGCCAAAUGAUGGUAUUGCUACUUUGUGUCAAAUUCAAGAUUUUGAGAAAAACAAUGAAUUGUUAACCUACCAAAAAUCUGAAAAGAAGUAUCCAUUUGAUUAUUGCUGGUCUCAAACAGAGACUCAGAAAGAAUAA